AUGAGCUAUACUCAAUCGGUGGAUCCUUCUACCUUUGCGCAUCAUUAUCUACGGAUCUCCAACCUAGGCCUGAGCCUCGACCGAUUAAGACUUGCGGAGGAGCAGGAAGGUCUUGGACCAGAUGCAAAACUCUCGUGGUGUCGGCUUGAGUAUGAGUGUUUAUUCUGGGCGGUACAACUUCCUUCAUCGCUACUUGACCUUCGCGAUGAAAUGCCAGCUCGACCAGAGGCGAUCACGAUCCAUUCGCUCCAUAAUUUGGUAGUCCUGUCGUUUUACGCCACGGUACUUGGUCGACAAACUACCCUUGGCAAGAUGCUGGCCUUGCGCCCUGUACCAGGUGUGCUGCAUUAUAUCUGUUCCCUCGUUCGGUCAGUGUUUAUCUGCCCGCGCGAAAUGCUCAUUCAUUGGGCUAUCCUCUCGGACAUCCAGGCCACUACAGCUCACAUUAUUCUACAACUUUGGCGCCAAACGCAGUUUGAGAAUUUCCGCGGUCUACUGAAUUUGUGGGAUGACGCGCUGGACCGCUAUCCCGAACUGGCCCGAGAGGUGCGAGGAGAGAUUGGUUCUGGACCCUGGACUAUCGACCAGACAGACGGCUAUUCCGUAUUCUGGACGUUUCGCGAUCUUCGUAGCUUACAUCUUGAGGAUGCAGUUCCGCAGUUAGCCGCUGGAACCAUGUCUUCACCAAUUCCUUUCGUGGGCUACAGUUACUCCGCUGGGCAAUAA